AAUGAGAAUAAACUCCCUUAUGAAUCCCUAGAGCACUCAUUUAGCAAAAAUCGAAUCGGAAUCUCAGUGAUCGACCAGAGAGUCAAAUUCGAUCGAGCAAAGAUGACGGAGGCGAUGAUAAGGAAGAAGGCAGGGAUGGCGAGCGUGAAGGACAUGCCUCUGCUUCAAGAUGGUCCGCCACCGGGUGGAUUCGCGCCGGUUCGAUAUGCUCGCCGGAUAUCCAAUACGGGUCCUAGCGCGAUGGCUAUUUUCCUUACUGUUUCUGGUGCAUUUGCUUGGGGGAUGUACCAGGUCGGCCAGGGUAACAAGAUCCGCAGGGCUUUGAAGGAAGAGAAAUAUGCUGCUCGUAGAGCUAUACUUCCCAUUCUUCAAGCUGAAGAAGAUGAAAGGUUUGUGUCUGAGUGGAAAAAGUAUCUGGACUACGAGGCAGAUGUAAUGAAGGAUGUUCCGGGAUGGAAAGUUGGCGAGAACGUUUAUAAUUCUGGUCGUUGGAUGCCACCGGCGACUGGGGAACUCCGUCCUGAUGUCUGGUGAUCCUCUUCUCAGUUUCUCACAAAUGCAUUUGAUGAUGAUGGUGAUGAAUGAAUGAAUUGUUUCAGUGAGGGUUAAUAACAUGUUCUUGUUUUAUCUUUUUCACUGGGUAAUAAGAAGAAGAAUGAUUCAACAGACAGUUGCUCUUGUACUGGUUUUGCUGGAACUUUAAUCGUUGUGUGUGUUUGUUUAUGUAAUUGUUCCAAUGGUAAAAUGAGACAAAAAAAAAACAGCUUUUGUCAACAAUCAUUCAAGAUUGGUUUACUUUUUUCGGUCUA